AUCCGCUGGGAACGGAGACAUGAUUGAGGGACGAGGUCCGGAUUGGAAAAUUACGACAUGAGGUUGUGCUUCAAACAAGUGGAACCGCUUUCGUUGGCCGACUGCGUUCAUUUCUUUAUCCGCCCUUACAGUGGGAAAAGCCGAGUCGUACAGCUCGGGAUACAAGCUGUCACAACGCCUGGAAUGCUGCAUGCUUGUAACAAAGGGAUGUCAAUAUACCGUACCGCGUUCGACCAGUGUGCGCACGAUACUGAUUGUGGUCGUGGAGAGUAGCCACUACCAGGCUUGAGGGCAUUACCACAGUCACUUGAUAUUGGUUCGUCGCUCUACAGUGAAUGACAUCUAUGGUCAGCCAAGUGUAGAGGCAUGUUGAGACUUAGUCGCCUGCAGUUGUGCUUUCUCAAAGGUUUCGAGUUCGCUAUGAGCAGUCCUCGUAAUACAUGAUCAACUUCCCUGGUGACGAUCGUGUCAGCCUACCACAUUUAGACCGCUCCGUGCAGCGAUGCUUGGUGCUCGUUGGAUGCCCCUUAUGCUCCCUACUGACGAGAAGAGCUCAGGAUCCAAGUAUUGCACUCUCC